GACUGGAAAAUUUUUCAGGGUGGCAGCUCUGCAGCACUUGUUGCUGCCAUAGUAACGGCAACUGAAAAAAGCGUAAACAAAUGGUGAAAAACUUUUAUGAACUGCAAAAUGCAGAAUGUGUGCAAUAACUUAGUAUAAGAAGUAAUUGACUGCUUGAAAAAUGUCAUUUGAGAAGAUAUUGUACAAGUACGAUGAGCCGCACGGCAUUGGCGAUGUUUAUUUUAUUUGGCAAAAGAGCGCGGGAGCUUUGCUGGCAACAACCGGAACCGAUGGCUCGGUGGCAUUGUACAAUCGCCAAGGACUGCUGGUGCAGCGCAUUAUAUUAGCCGGUCUUUGCUCGGGAUUUGCCUGGGAUUGCGAUGGAGAGCUUCUCGGUAUCAUUACAAGCAGCUCACCAAAUAUUACGCUUUGGGACUAUGCCACACAGCAGAAACUAACAGUAGAGUCGGGACUGCGAGAUCCACUCACCUGCAUACUGUGGUCCAAGCAGCAGCAGCUGCUCGCCGUCGGCACAGGACGUGGCAAUCUUGCCAUCUACAAUCAUCAGAAUGGCAAGCGUACACCUGUGUUGGGCAAACAUAGCAAACGGAUAACAUGCGGCGCCUGGUCAGCUCAGAAUCUCCUAGCACUCGGCUCCGACGACAAGAGUUUCUCGCUGAGCAGCGAAGAUGGGGACACGGUGAGAAUUGUGCAGCUGCGGGAUGUGCCCACGGAUAUGUAUUUUGCUGAGAUGGCCAACGAUGAGCGCAUUGCGGGCGAUAAUGCCAUCAGUAUGAUUAUUGGCAAACGCACGUUGUUUCUGUACUAUUUGCCAGAGCCCGAGAAUCCAACAGAGCUGGGAUUUCAGAGUCGUUAUGGUUCUCUCCUGCAGCAUAAAUGGUUUGGCGAUGGAUACAUACUGUUGGGAUUCUCAAAUGGCCAUGUUGUGGCCAUUUCCACGCAUCCCAAGGACGUUGGCCAAGAGCUGUGGCAGGUGAGGAAUCACAAGGAUACUCUGAGCGGAUUGGCGUACUGUCCAACGCUGGAUAUUGUGGCCUCCUGCGGUGACGACAACAUUAAGAUCCACUCGAUAACCAAUCUGCAGGAAACGGAACGCAUCAUAACGGUGCCGGAUCAUGCGAGUGUGCAAAUGAUUGAUUGGUCACCAGAUGGUCAACUAUUGGCGGUCACCACCAGCGGUGGAACCGUCUACACAUAUGUGACCAAGCUGCCGCAUAUGUUCGCCGUCUCUGCUCCACGUCUGGUCAUGCUGAGUAGCCUGGCCGAAGUCUCUAUCUAUGUGUAUGCGCCGGAUAAGUCAAAGGUGCUGCCAUUCCGACUUCCACUGGAAACGGAGCCCACAUUUCUGGCCAUUGGACCGUACAACUUUGCCGCUGGCCUGGACAAGCACGUUUGGUUCUAUGAUCUGGGCAAGAGUCUAGGCGAUGAGCCGCGUCCACUAAGCGAACGUGAUCUGCCCCACGACAUAGCAUCCAUGAAGUUAAAUGCAGAUUACUGUGCAGCAUUGUGCCCUCCACAGUUGAUUCUGCAGGCGAUUGCCGCAGAUAAUCCCAAUUGCAAGGACAAGCUGCAGGCGUGCUUUCCCAGCGCGUUGCCCACAAUGCCCAGCGAUGCGGUCAUUACAUGCUUUGCCCUCAGCCAGGAGUUGCUAAUCUUUGCCACAGAUAUAGGACACCUGGUCUUCUACUCGCUUGAGAAAUGGGACACCUGCACCAUCUAUAGACACAGCAAUGGCAUUCGUCAGCUAUUCACAGACGUCGAGGGAACCAAAAUCAUAUUUAUUGAUGAGCAUGGCCAGGGAUUUGUCUAUCUGCCCGCCUUGGAUCAGGAGGCGCUGUUGAUUGCGGAUAUGCCAAAGCAAUGUGUGGGCUGCCUCUGGGACUUGACGCAGCCCAACAUUUUUAUAAGCUACGACACACGUAUUGUAAAUACUCAUGUAUUUGCACGCAACUCGGUGCGGGGCAGACACACCCUAAAAGUGGGGGAAUCUAAGCUGAAUCCUGGCCAGGUGCCGUUGCUGCUGUGCGCCGGCGAAAUGGCUCUACACAUCGAUGGUGGACAGUAUGCCACACAAUCGCUGAGCACUCAUGUGGUUAAUCCCAGCAACAGUCAGUCGGAUAAUCUGCAACUGCUGUUGCGGCUCAAGAAAUAUGAUGAGGCAUACAAGCUCUGCGAGCAGAUGAAAUUGGACAGCGCUUGGCGAAUGUUUGGAGAACAUGCCAUCGCUGAUCUAGAGCCGGAAAUUGCGUUACGCGCCUAUCGCCAGCUGGGUGAUGCUGGUCUGGUCAAUGCACUGGAUGAACUGCGCUACAUUGAAGAUCUGCACAUGCUGAACGGUUGCUGUUGCAUGCUGUUGGCCCAAUACGACCAGGCCAAGGAGUAUUUACUCAAGGGAGUUUACACCCGUGCCGCUCUCGACUUGAGCCGGGAUCUCCUGCAAUGGGAUCAGGCGCUGCUCUUGGCCCACAAAUAUGAGCCUUUGGAGGUUCCCUAUAUAGCUCGCGAGUAUGCCCAACAGUUGGAGUUCACUGGCAACUAUGCGGAUGCUCUGUAUCAUUAUGAGAAGGGCUACAAGGAGGACUUGAUUAACAAUGAGGACUCGGAGCCGCCGACUUUACUGCAUACCAUGCCCGAAUACGAGGAGCAUGUGCGUCUCUGCAAAAUGGGAAUUGCUCGCACCUCAAUACGCGCCGGAGACUUUCGACGUGGCAUUCAAUAUGCUGUGGAGCUGCAGGACAGACAGCUGCUGUUUGACUGCGCCGAGCUGCUGGCCACCGUGGGGCAUCUGACCGAGGCGGCUGGAUUGUAUGAGCGCGGGGGCUACUACGACGAGGCGUGUGGACACUACAUAGCCCUGAAGAUGUGGCACAAGGCCAACCAUAUACUGCCCCAAGUGAAGAGCAGCAAACUGCAUGCGGCAUAUGCCAAAGCCAAGGAAUCGGAUGGUCAAUUUGAGGAAGCCAUACGCAGCUAUCGUAUUGCGGGUGAUCUUGAUGCCUGUGUUCGGAUUUAUCUGGAUCAUUUGUGUGAUCCACAUGCUGCUUCGGAGAUUGUGCUCGAGUCGCGCUCAAUGGAUGCGGCCAAGCUGCUGGCCAAGUUCUAUCAGAAGAUUGGCGACAUUGAGCAGGCGCUGCAGUUUCUCGUCAUCUGUGGCUGUGUGGAGGAAGCCUUUGCCCUUGCCCAGCGUCAUAACAAACUGCGCCGUCAUGGCGAGCUGCUGGAGCGCUACGAGAAUGCCAAAUCCGCUGACUAUUUGGUAUUGGCACAUUACUUUGAGAGCGAGAAAUACACUCUGCUGGCGGGCAAGUAUUAUUUCCUUGCCAGGGAGUUCACCAAGGCAUUAAGGUUUCUGCUGAAAGCAUCAGCCUUCAGCAACGAGGAGUCACAGGCGCUUUCCCUGGCCAUCGACUGUGUGGCGACAUCAAAUAACGAACAGUUGGCCACACAGCUCAUUGAGUUUCUGCUUGGAGAAUCGGAUGGUGUGCCCAAGGAUCCGCGCUAUUUAUUUCGUUUGUAUAUGGCACGCAAACAUUACAAGGAUGCGGCCAAGACAGCGGUGAUUAUAGCCAAUCAGGAGCAGCUGGCUGGCAACUACAAGUCCGCUCGCGAUUUACUCUAUUCCAUGUACCAGGAAUUGCGUCGCAAUAAUCUCUCCGUCACUGCAGAGAUGCGUCACAAUCUGAUACUGCUACAUCGCUAUACUCUGGUGCGCAUCCAUGUCAAGCUGGGCAACCAUCUGCUUGCUGCCAAGCUGCUCGUUCAAGUGGCCGCCUGCAUAUCUCAGUUCCCAGAGCAUAUCGUGCCUAUACUGACUUCCACGGUGAUUGAAUGCCACCGUGCGGGCUUAAAGAAAUCUGCAUUCACCUAUGCCUCCAUGCUGAUGCGACCGGAUUAUCGUAAUCAGCUGGACGGGCGUUAUAUUAAGAAGAUUGAGUCGAUUGUGCGCAAGGCGCCUAAGGGAAUUAAGCAGCUGCGCGAUGAGAUUGAUGAUGAGACCAUGGAGUGUCCCAUUUGUGAUGCCAAUUUGGCCAACAUGGAGGUCACCUGCUACAGCUGCAAGACAACGCUACCCAUAUGCAUUGCAACUGGUCAGCACAUCAUUAAACUGCAAAUGACAUCCUGUCCACAAUGCGAUUUCCUUUGCUUUCGCGCCGAGAUGGAAAACAUUUUGUCAGAAUACGGCGACUGUCCCAUGUGUGGUGAGCGUGUGGCGCCCGAGCAGCUGCUCGAUGUGGAGGAUAUACGACCCUAUAUCUUGGCCGCAUCCUAGACUCUUCAUAUAGAAUUUAAGCAAGCAAAUAGACUGCACUCAACAACACCAAAUAGUAUUUAUAAGUUAUAAAAACAAGCACCAAUUACACCUGAUACUGAAAA